AUGAGAAAAAAGGUUAGUAAAAAGAUAAAAAAACUUGGUUUAGAUGUUGAACCUUUUCUAUCUAAUGAUUUAGAUAGCUGUCAAACUCUUUUUCAUGAUCUUAAGCAAUAUGACGAAGAUGCAGUUAGACCACCUACAAAAGAGAAGUUAGAUAAAUAUAAAAAGAUAUCAGAACUUAAAGCCAGUCCUGAACCUAGAACACAAUUCUUUAGAAAAGAUAAUAAAUCUAAAAAUUUGAUUAAUGAAGAAUUUAGUUGCUUCGAAGAAAUUACUGAUAAACAAAAAAGAGAUCUAGAAUUUAGAGAGCAAGAAGAAUUAGAUAUAGCACUUAAAAGAAGGGCUAUAGCAGUGUAUCAUGCAAAAGUUUUCGGAUCUUACUCUGACAAUAAAAGUUAUAUAUAA